UUGAAUCACUGUAAACUACUCCACGUUUUUCUCUAUACCUUUCUUCGGACUAGGAGACUUCGCUUGAUUUCUUCAUCAACAAGUCUAGCUUGUGCCUUGUGAAUUAGGGUUUUGGAUUGGCGGAGACCUGAAUUUGGAAGAGGAGGAAAAUAUGUUUUUCAGCGGUGAUCCGACGACGCGGAAACGGGUGGAUUUGGGCGGUCGGAGCUCCAAAGAGCGAGACCGACAGAAGCUUCUGGAGCAGACGCGAUUGGAGAGGAACAAACGCCUAUGGUUGCGCCAGCAGAAUUCGGCUGCUCUGAUAAUUCAGAAAUGCUUCAGAGGAAGACGGGUGGUCGAGGGUGAACGUUCCAAAGUCCGUCAUAAGUUUUUCCUGAACUAUGGGCAGUAUUGUCAAGAUGUUAACAGGCAGUGCUUUGGACCAGAUUCAGAUUUUAUCUACCAGUUUCUUUUCUUCUUUAACCCGAGAUAUGUAGCUGAUUUUUCCGCCCUUGUGGAGAUAUGCCGAUUGCUUCUAGAGUUUGUUCGUGAUAGUGGUGAUGCGGUGAGCCUCUUUGCUGGCAUGGAUUACUCAUCCAAGCAUGCUCUGGUGGAGUACAGGGUUAAAAAUCUUGCUUAUGCUUGCCUUCGUGCGAUCUAUGAAAAUAGGGAUCGUUUGAAUGAUCAGUUAUUUUCCACACCUGAGAAGUCCAAUCAAUCAGCGAAUGUAUUACUAGAUGCUGUUAUUUCACUGAUUGAUCCAAAGCUACCUUGGGCAUGUAACAUACUAUGCUAUUUGUCAGAUAGAAACAUGUUCUCCAUGCUCAGAGAAAUUUUCCUGCUGGUGAAGAAAAAUUUUUUGCAAAGCUCUACGGGGACUAUCUCUUCAUUGGAGAGCCUUCUUGCCCUUAUACUUUCCCAUGUUGAUCAAGCAUCUUGUACAUGUUCAAGUAGUGAUCCUCGAAGGAGCUUCUCAUCCCAGAUACUUGUGGUUCCUUUUUUGUGGCGGCUGUUCCCACACUUGAAAGAGAUUUUUGCUGCACCACAUUUGAGUCAACAUUAUCUUCAUCAAAUGGUAUCAUGUGUGAAAGAUCAUACCAAUGUUCUGCCUGGUGAUAUAUCAAGUGAUUUUCCCAGUUAUGCUUGUCUUCUAGGAAAUCUGUUGGAAGUUGCUGGGGUUGCUAUUGCUCAGAAUGGUUCAUUUGCUUGGGCUAUAGAUUUUGCUACCGUUUCAACAUACUUAGUCCAAGCACUUCCUCCUCUCCGAACAUCAAAUCAAGGAGAUUCUUCCAUGAAUGAAGAUGAAAUGCUGGUUGGUGAUGAGCUGUCACAAAUUACUUUGAACAGGGACCUGGAACAGCAGAUAUUUAAUGCUUUAGAUUCUCGAUUUCUUCUACAAUUGAUUAAUGCCUUAUUGGGUGCGCUUGUUCCUACAAAUUCACGUAAAGGCAGGCCUGAUGACAAAGAGGUGGCUGCUGUUGAUGCGGCUUGUUCUUUUCUGCACGUGACUUUCAAUACUUUGCCCCUAGAGCGGAUUAUGACUGUGCUAGCUUAUAGGACAGAGCUGGUUCCCAUCCUAUGGAAUUUCAUGAAGAGAUUGAAUGAGAAUAAUUCAUGGUCUUCUUUGUCUGAACGGUCAGCUUAUAUGCCUGCCAAUGCUCCUGGUUGGCUACUGCCUUUAGCAGUUUUCUGCCCUGUCUACAAGCACAUGCUAACGAUUGUUGACAAUGAGGAGUUUUAUGAACAAGAGAAGCCACUGUCGCUGAAGGAUAUUAGAUUGUUAAUCGUCAUCUUGAGACAGGCCUUGUGGCAGAUUCUUUGGCUUAAUCCAGUGGUAACACCUGAUUUCUCAAAGUCUGGUGAUGGUCCUUCUGCUAUGAAGAGGCAGCCCAUAGAAUUUCUUCAACACAGGGUUUGUGUGGUUGCUUCUGAGCUCAUGUCACAGUUGCAAGACUGGAAUAACAGACGGGAAUUUACCUCCCCUAGUGACUUCAAUGCAGAUGUUCCCAGUGAUUUAUUUAUGUCUCAGGCACUGACGGAGAAUACACGGGCAAAUGACAUUCUUAAACAGGCUCCUUUCUUGGUACCUUUUACAAGCAGAGCUAAAAUAUUUCAUUCACAGCUAGCAACUAUGAAAGAGAGAAAUAGUGCUCAUUCAAUUUUUACCAGAAACAGAUUCAAAAUAAGAAGAGAUCAUAUAUUAGAGGAUUCCUUCAGCCAAUUAAAUGCAUUGACUGAAGAUGAUCUUCGGGGAGUGAUCCGUAUAACUUUUGUUAAUGAACUUGGAGUUGAGGAGGCUGGUAUUGAUGGUGGAGGUAUUUUCAAAGAUUUCAUGGAAAACAUUACUCGGGCAGCUUUUGAUAUCCAGUAUGGACUGUUUAAGGAAACUGCGGAUCACCUCCUGUACCCGAAUCCUGGAUCUGGACUGGUACAUGAACAGCAUCUUGAGUAUUUUCACUUUCUCGGAACUAUUCUUGCUAAGGCAAUGUUCGAGGGCAUUCUGGUUGAUAUACCAUUUGCUACAUUCUUCUUGAGCAAAUUGAAGCAAAAGUAUAACUACCUAAAUGACUUGCCUUCCUUGGAUCCUGAAUUGUAUCGCCACUUGAUUUUCCUGAAGAACUAUGGGGGUGACAAAACGCAGUUAGAAUUGUACUUUGUAAUCGAUAACAAUGAAUAUGGUGAGCAAACAGAAGAAGAGCUGCUUCCAGAAGGAAAAAGCAAACGAGUUACGAAUGAGAAUGUCAUUACUUUCAUUCAUCUGGUAGCCAACCAUCGGUUGAACUUUCAGAUACGUCAACAAAGUUCACAUUUUUUGAAAGGAUUCCAACAGUUAAUACCAAAAGAGUGGAUCGACAUAUUUAAUGAGCAUGAACUUCAGCUUCUAAUAUCUGGUUCAGUAGAUGGAUUCGAUGUGGAAGAUCUUCGAGCUCACACUAAUUACACUGGAGGCUAUCACGAAGACCACUAUGUUAUCGAAAUGUUCUGGGAAGUAAUUCAGAACCUUAGCUUGGAAAAUCGGAGAAAACUUUUGAAAUUCGCAACCGGAUGUUCUCGCGGGCCUUUGCUUGGAUUUAAAUACUUGGAACCUACAUUUUGCAUACAGAGGACUGCUGGUAAUGCAUCUGAGGAGGCUCUCGACCGGUUGCCAACUUCUGCUACUUGCAUGAAUCUUCUCAAACUUCCUCCAUAUAGAAGUAAAGAGCAAAUGGAGCAGAAACUAGUAUAUGCUAUAAACUCUGAUGCUGGCUUCGACUUGAGUUGAUCGAGGCAGAUUACCAUCCAGCAAAAAGAUUGCUUUCAAGCUUUCCUAACAAGCUCUCAACUCACUGUAAACUGUCCAACAGAAGAGACAGUUUUCCGUGGAGACAGCCACACAACUCCGACUCAAAGGUAAUGAGUCACGCUCUGCUACAACAGUACUGUAGAGUUCAACCACACGCGUUUCAGGUGGGGAUUGAUUGCAAUUUUAGCGAGACGUUGUAGAUACUACCAUUACUGUAUAAAUAUGGCUGGGGGAGAAUCAGUUGUGUAUAUUUUGGGUAUUGCAGCAGGACCUGCGCAAGUGGUCCUGUUUGUAAACUGUUUUUAGUGCAAGUAAUUUCAAUUUGAUAUCCA